AUGAUCUUGUUCAUGGUUGGAUCUUGGAUUUGGAUGGGACAAUACUGCAGCUGCCCAAGUAACCUCUAUCUGUUACGUGGGAUUGUCCUCUGGAUGACUGCAGAUACCUGGGAACAGCUUGUCUCCUUACAUCAGAGUAUCUAUCCUCAACCUUCUCACAACACAUGGUGGGGUCUGCAGUUGUUCGGCUUCCUUGUCCAGCGACUCCAGCGUUCUGCAGCAGUCAUCCAAGCCAUUGUCAUUACUCAUGGAGCCAUCAACCCUUUGGACCGGGUAGUGUUUGGUACUUGCAUCUUGAAGGACAUCCUUGAUGUUUGUUUCCAGGCACAAUUACUGUAUUCACACCGUAUCAAGAGAAUUGACCGUUGCAACCUUGAAAAGCUUGCUACUCUAGUUGACAUUGAAAGCAACCACUUGCCUCAUCGUCAACCUGGAUGUGAUGAAGUGCUUGAGUCCAAAGACCCCACCAAAACCAGUUGCUUUCCCAAGCCUUUCACUGAGGCACCUCCAGAGUUGGAUGACCUUUUGGCCCUUCCAGAAUUUGACAAGACUACCCAAUGGGAGUUGUCAGCGGUGGACUUUCAACGACUGACACAAACGAGACUAAAGAUGAUUGCUCAGACUCGCGUCUUUCAGCUCAGUCUGUUACCAGGCAUGGGCAAGGGAGGCAAAACCGACCCAGGAGGAUGUCGUCAACUGCUUGAGGGCUUCCAUUGGCUUGGCCAAUACGAUUUAUCCCUGUUUGAUGUUGUUGGUGUUCAUUGCAUUGGUGGAAAUGUUGUCUUCAUCCAUGGAAGUGAGGAGCAACUCUCUGAGAAUCGUGACAGAAUUGAUGCAAUGGAUGAUGUCUAUUGCUUUGGUGCAACUGAACUUUCUCAUGGCUCCAAUGUAAAGCAGAUUCAAACAACCGCAGAAUAUGAUCCCAAGACGGAUGAGUUUGUGUUGACAACACCUUCUGUAACAGCAUGCAAGUAUUGGAUUGGCAAUUCAACAUUUGUUGCAGACUAUGCUGUUGUUCUUGCCCGCUUGCUUGUAAAGGGCGAAGAAAGGAGUAUUUCAUGGCUUCGUGUGCCUCUCUGGAAAAGUAAAGAGUCCAAUGAACACUUUCCUGGAGUUACCAUCAGGGAUAUUGGUGUCAAAGCUGGGUGCAAUGGAAUUGGCAAUGGAUGCAUCACAUUUGAUCAUGUUCGUGUGCCAAGAAGUGCUCUGAUGUCUCAGUUUUGUGAAGUGGAUGAAGCUGGUGAUUUUCAGUCUGCACUGAGCAGCAGUGACCUGUUCUUGCGGUGUAUGCAAACCUUUGUACUCGAGCGAGUUGGUGUUGCUGCAUGUGCCAUCGGUGCUGCAAAGACAGCAAUAUAUGUUGCUCUCCGUUAUGCUGCAGUUAGGCAUCAAUUUGGCCCCGAUGGUGAUGAGGUUCCUCUCAUAUCUUACCCGAUGCAUCAGAGGCGCAUCAUGUCACAUGCAGUCCGCUUGUUUGUUGGCAAAGCAACAGUUGAUAGGAUCAGCAGAAUAGGCCAAGAAACGUUUCACCCGUACAAGUUUGGUGAUGAUCGAAAGAAACUUCAUGCACUUUCAUGUUUGGUGAAAGCCUUUGGCACAUGGGAGAGCUUUGCGGCAGCUCAGGAAGCUAGGGAGCUUUGUGGAGGCAAUUCUUAUGCAGCAACCAGUCAGAUUGGAAUGUCACGAAAUGACCUUGAUGUUACUCUCACUUUUGGAGGAGACAAUUCCAUUCUUGCUCUGGAAGUAGCGAGGCAUCGGUUGAAGGAAAUCAAGGAAUGGUCCACUGUAAAGAAGCUUCUUGGACCAACUAAACCAACAACCAGAAGCAUUUUCAUUGCUGACCAACAAAACCCCACCACAGCCAUGGAUAAGUGCCUGAAGCUACUGGUUUACCGUGAAGAAAGCAUGCUUUUAUCAGUUGGAAAGAAGCUCUUUGCAGAUAAGGACAAAGGAUUUCGUGGGUUUACUGAAAACAGCUUCGAAAUGCGGGAGGUAGCAGCAGCUGUCUAUGAUCGCAUGUGUGUUGAAACAUGGUUAGAGGAGCAAAUGGAUCAGGGACAGUUGUAUUGCGAGAUUGGUCUCUUGGAUGCUCUCCAGCGGGUACAAAAGCAUGCAUCUUGGUACUUUGCAAAAGGUGCCAUGAAUGCACCAACCCAUGAAGCUAUCGAAGGCAUCAUCACAAACACUUCUGGGAUCUUGGGACGCAAGCAUGAGCGGGUGUUGGAGGCCCUCUAUGUCCCCCAGAAUCUAGUCAAGGACUGUCCUCUGGUCCAAUCAGACUAUUCUCAAGCAAUUUAUGAUCUCACCUACCCCACUUGUGGCACUGGCAAGCCAUUGGGUAAGAAUCCUUUGACUGUGUCUGCUUGA